CUAAGAGCUGUUAUGCAACCGCUGACCUACUAACACAUAUCUCUAGAAAGGGAGCCGGAGAAACUGGAGCAAAGUGUCCGGCAGCACACAACACACCGGCGAGCGCGAGCCAACAACACACGGGAACAGCACCGACCCACCGACUCAACCGACUCAACCCACCACGGACCCCGAGCACCGCGGGUUGCAAGAAAAGAAGGCACAAAAAAAACCUUUCGGCUUUUUUCUCUCUCUUUUUCCCGGCUGCUGCGAGGUUUCUUCUAACGGCAACAAGGAAAAGGAAAGGAAACGAGGAAACGGGAGCGAGACAGCUUUUGUGUCGGGGAAGCCUGCAUUUCCCCCCUUUCUUUCUUCUCCUCCUUUGCUCCAGGACAUGAAAAGUUAGUGGUCAGCAAACAAGCAGCACAGAAGUUGGAUCCUGAACUACGCAGACGGACCUACAUCCUCUGGAAGACACACAGAGUGCAGCAACUUGACUGAAAGACGCCGAUAAACUCCAAAUCACACGCAACGAAACUUUGGAGACGACUCUGAUCUGAUUGCGAGGUCCACCGAAAGACUCUUUGUCUGAAAAAUACAAACUUGUUUCCUUUAUCCUUUGUUUCCUCGUUCAGAACACGAGUUCAAUGUCUGCGGUUUUCCACCUCUUUUUGAUCUUCUUGGCCAAUAUGGACACUUGAACGUUUUCGAUCGAGAUAAUAAGAAACAGAAAUCGAUGAGGCUAUCCCCUUCAAGGAGCACGAUUACCUCAUCGAGACGUUUUUGCCGAUCCUACAACUUAGGUCCAACUGCUUAGGCGCAAAAGCAGAAGGCUCGUAUAGUUUUACAUUUUCUCCCUCUCCCCUUUACCCUUUGCUUGAGUUACUCUCUUGCCCCCAGCAGGGAAAAAAAUGGAAAGUCUGAGUCUACACAUUCCAUCCACCAGCAACAAAAAUGCCAUGGAGGUCGAUAAUUUCUCCUCCUACAGCGGCAGCAUCCCAUCCCCGACCCCUGAAGGUGGAGGGCGGGCCGGCCGCCCGUCCAAAGGCUCCAAGUCCAGCGCGAGCUGCCGUCGCAAGCGCGAGUUCAUCUCCGACGAGAAGAAAGACGCCUCCUACUGGGAGAAGCGGCGGAAGAACAACGAGGCGGCCAAGCGCUCGCGGGAAAAGCGUCGCCUCAACGACAUGGUGCUGGAGAACCGGGUCAUGGCGCUGAACGAGGAGAACGUCCGCAUCAAAACGGAGCUCCUCCAGCUCAAGUUGCGCUUUGGCCUCAUCAGCACCGCCACCUACAUGGAAAAAAGCCAGCAGCUUUCCAACAGCGUCGCUGCCGCCGCCGCCGCCGCCGGCGCCAACGGCAGCGGCGGGAGCGGCGACGGCACGCCGAACGGCAACGCUUACCUCUCGAGCAGCGGCUACUCCAGCGCGUCCCAGGUGAUGCUGAACUCGGACUCGUCUGAGACCGAACAGCACCAGUACUCCCCCCGGGGCUCCGACUCCGACAUGUCCGACGGCUCCUCCAGAGACAGCCCGGAGCCCGCGGGCUUCAACAUCAAGACGGAGCCCUCCGGCGGCACGGAGACGGCCCGGCUGGAGAGCGGCGGGGCGUCCGACGGCAUGCAAGGCGGGGCUUACGACGCCAACCACGCCGCACUGGUUUCUCCUCACCAGCAGAACGUGCCAUUGGCUGAAAGUGUCAUGGACUACCAGCAGCAGCAGCAGCAGCAGCAGCAGCAGCAGCAGCAGCAGCAGCGCCACGUGGAGGCCUCCGGUCCAGCACCUCCGGUGGCGUCCGCGCAGCGCAGCGUCAUCUUGUACCGCUCCAGCAGCGGCUGUUACCCCGUGGAGACCCCGAGGCCCGAGGACCAGCAGCGCCGGCCGCCGCAGCCGGCCCGGCACUCGCCGGCCGCGACCGUCACGGAGGUGGCCGAGAAACUCGAGAGGACGAAGACGGCGGACUCGCCGGAGUACGAAUACGCCGGCGAUCGCGCGGAGGAGCCGCGGCAAAGCUACGACCCCGUCGGCCACCGCGAGCACUACGGCUACCGGGGCGAGGGGAGGAGCCUCCAGCACGCAGAGAGCCACCAGAACCCCUUCGCCCCGGAUCUGAUCAACAACACGGAGGAGGGCGAGUCCUCCUUCCCGCAGCACAGCGGCUACCUCGACGCGCUGCACCGAGACCCGCCCGUGCUCACGUACGAGGGAGGGCCGCGAGCCGCCGGUUUCUUCCAGGAGAGCUCCUCCACUAAAGACACGUCGUCCAGCGACGGCGACCCUCGCAGCUCCGACAAAGACGGCUCCACGGACGACGAGUCCCCCUGCUCGUCCUCCUCGGAUGUCGGCGGCUUCCACCCGAAGGCGGCGGCGGGGGCGGCGGCGGGGGGGGCGGCGGGUUCGCACGGCGAGUUCCUGGCGGAGGUCAAAGGCACCGCCCUGCCCCACAAGCUCCGCCUCAAAUACAGAGCGGUGGCCAACGGGGCGGCGGGACUGCAGAUGGAGGCGACGGUCGGCACCUCCAUGUCCCCCUCUCCCUCUUUGCCUCAGCACCCUUACCUGGCUCUCCCCAGCAACCACCACGGCGCCCACGGCAACGGGGAGAGCAAAGAGGCGGAGAAUGAGAUGGUGUGUGCGGAGGAGGAGGUGGAUUCUCUAAAUGAGAGACAGGAGGGAGGGGAAAAGGGAUCCAGCAGCAGGAACAAGAGGUGAGAUUAAGGACACAUGGGAACAUUUCCACGACCUCACAUCGCCACCGUACUCCUGGGUGAGGAUGUGAUGUCACCACGUUUCACUGUGUCACCUGUUCCUCUUCCCUUUCGCCCUUUCGCUCUUCUCCUACCUCCCAUCUACCCCUCUAAUGACAAUGAUGGAUCACUUAAUGAGGGAGGGGGGCCAGAAUGAAACUCUCCAGAGGUUUGGAGACUGGGAUAUUCCUCUGGGGGAAAAAUCCAAAACAUUAUUCAAUUAUUCAUUAUUUGUAAACUGCCUCGGUGGCUCGGCCGGCAUUUCUAGUGGCAUUAUGGGAACAUUCCUUUGACCAAAGAAUACACAAUCCCUCCUGUAGCGUCAAAAGAGUUGCAUUCUUCCUUCCUCUGAACACACCUGUACCAUUUGACCCCCCCCCCCCCCCUCACCCCAGCCCUUCUUACCAUCUGCACACACAAGUCCCCUUUUCACCUCUGAAGCACUUAGAUUGUAUAUUACUGUGACACACAUUUGCAUAUAAGGAAUAUAUAUUUUAAGAAGAAAAAUGUGGCAAAAAAAUAAACAAAACAAAAAAUCAAGCAGCGGGAUGCGGAAUUCAUCGACUUCAAAGUGAUUUCUUCUCGUCGAGACACCUUGUACAGACACUGUUUGUCUCUAGAAAAUGACUCCACGACUUUGUCGUCGAGUCACAACUUGUUUGAAAAAAAAGAAGAAAGGUACACUUUUUUUCAGGGCCCUCAUUCAGCUGAUUUGUAAUUUGUUAUUUGACACUCGACGUUGUCCAAAACCGUCCCGGCCACUUAUUCACAUAUCAGUCACGGCUACGCAGUCACACAUUGCUGUUUGCAAAACCUGACAAGCACAAGGCCGUUCAACGAAAAUCAAUACAUCUUCAUUUCCAGACAACUAUUGUCUGUCCGAUAAAUAUAAAUGUCUCUCCGGUCGCAAAACCAGCAAAGCUGCUCUCUCUCUCGCUCUCUCUCUCUCUCUCUCUCUUCAUCAGGUGCCUCUUGAUUGUGUUGUCCCUCGUCCCGACGUGGCAAAAUGUCUUAACAGUCCCACUCUGCACUGAGUUGUUUUACCUACAAUGUGUACACGUUUUUAACUGUUUCACGUUCUGGUGCCUGCCUCCCUGGCCACUAUGUAUAAAUGUAAAGUUGUCUCUCUCUAUCUCUUGUAUACUGCUGUCGUUAUUUUUUUUAAAUAUUGUUAUUUUUUAUUAUAUUCGGUUAUUAUUUUUGGGCUAUUAUUAUUAUUACGUGCAUUUUUUUCUUCUUGUCAUCCUGUUGUGACGUCUUUGCCCUAUGGCUCUUCCUGGUUGUGCUGUGUGAUUUUUACCCAUGAUGCCCCUCUUCGCCCCAGUUACCAUUUGUACUCUGUGUUACCGUAUAACCUUUUGUUGUGUGCCGGAAAAAAAGAAAAGUCUUUCCGAAAAAUGGAGGGAAAAAAAGACAAUUUGAACACGGCUUGUCCAGAAGUGAUUAUGUAUUGCUAUACUUCAUGUGGAUAUGCAAAAAUGAUGACAAAAACACACUUUUUUUGAUUGUGAAAUAUUCAAAAUGGAGAAAAAUAAAUAAACGGUUGUUGAAUUUA